UCCCGUCGGAUAAAUCCGCAGCCCUUUGGCAGAGUGACAUCGUUCAGUGAAGCAGAACGGAACACCCACAAAAGCAAAACAAUGCGGAUAGUGUCGCUAUGGACUUUGGUGACAUUGUCAUCGCUCUGCUCGGCCGCGGACAUUCUAAUGGUCACGAUGGGUGGCACAAAAUCGCACAAAAUUCCGUUCUGGGAGCUGGCUAAAGGUCUGAUACCAAGGGGUCAUAACAUCACAUUCUUGAGUGGCUUUCCAGCAGAUUUCUCCUACAAUGGCUUACAGGAAGUCACCCCUUCCGGAUUGGUCGAAUACAUUCGAAACUACACCAACUGGGACCUGUUGGGCGCACGAAUGAAGGGCGACCUUCCUCUUUCCCUGUGGGAUGUCUUCCGAUACUCGUGGCAGGCCUGUGAUGCCACGCUUGAGGACAAAGAAACUAUGGACCUGCUGGGGCGGAAGUUCGACCUGCUUAUAUUGGACGGUGCCUACCCGGAAUGUGCACUGAGUUUGGCCUACCGGCUGGGAGCGCCCUACAUGUACAUCAACACCGUCGGGUUCUACACCGGAACGAUGGCGAUGGCGGGGAAUCCGGGCCCUUACUCGGUGACACCGGUGUUCUACCGAUCGUUGACCGACGAUAUGAACUUCUUCGAGCGGAUUGUCAACAGCAUCUGCCACCUGACGAUACAACCGGUUUAUACGGCCAGUAUGACGAUUCUGCAGGCAAUUGUGAGGCGUCACCUUGGGGCGGACAUUCCGCACGUGUGGGACCUCUCGCGGAAUGUUAGCUUCAUUCUGCAGAACGGUCACGCCACCGUGACCUACCCUCGACCUUUGCUGCCGAACAUUGCCGAGAUCGCGUGCAUACACUGCAAACCGGCUGGGCCGCUGCCCAAGGAUCUGGAGGACUUCAUCGCCGGUGCCGGUGAGUCCGGUUUCAUCUACGUCUCAAUGGGUUCGUCGGUGAAGGCCGCCAACAUGCCGGACCACUUGAGGAAGUUGUUAAUCCAAACCUUUUCUCAUUUACCCUACCGAGUGCUGUGGAAGUACGAGUCCAGCUCGUCCAUGUUGAACGAUCUUCCACCGAACGUAAAGCUGGGUCGCUGGUUGCCGCAGCAGGACAUUUUGGGCCAUCGGAAGCUACGCGCUUUUGUGACGCACGGCGGCCUGCUCAGUAUGUUCGAAACGGUGUACCAUGGUGUUCCGGUGGUGACGAUGCCGGUAUUCUGUGAUCACGAUGCCAACGCAGCCAAGGCGGAAACCGACGGCUACGCGCUCCAGCUGGAUCUGGAGACGUUGACGAGCGAGAAGUUGGUGCGAGCGAUUCACCGGGUGAUACACGAUCCCAAGUUCCGCAAUGAAGCCAAACGACGACAAACACUGUUGAAGGACACAAGGACGACUCCUCUAGAGACGGCGAUCUACUGGACAGAGUACGUCCUGCGGCACAACGGGGCCUACCAUUUGCAGACACCAGCGCGGAAUCUGUCCGUCUUCACCUACUAUGGUUUGGAUGUGAUCUGCUUCUUCCUGGCUGCUGCCUAUCUUCUCCGACUGAUGGUUCGACGGGUGCUGAAGCCGCAAAUCAUUCAACUUACCAAGGAGAAAAUUCAUUAGCUUGAAGUUACAGAGAAAGUUUCAAAAACUUAGGUAAUGAAACGCUUACACCAAAAUAUCAAAAAAGGCAAUACAAAGUGACACGAAAAGUGAGAUAAUGUAAACUAGUGAGAAAUCGGCUUAAGCAUUGGAUUUAUUUCAACAGUCUCAGCGCUUUAAAAAAAAAUGCAAGGAUGAAAUCAAUAUCGCACUUUGGGGAAAAAGAACAUAGUUUUGUAGACCAUUUUUUUGGUAUGUUUUAAAAAACUAAAGCAAAACUUGUUGGCAAUAGAAAGCACCAACAAUCUACAACACAUUUGGGAAUCGUUUCCUCUUCUCUGUAAACAGUUGUUAGCAUAUUUAUGUAAAUUACCUGUGCUAUAAUGGAAAGGAAAGAAUUACUAAUGGACAAUCUCUGUUCUAUUCUCCAAAGGGAAUAACAAAAUCGCUUUAAAACGUGCAGACAUUUUCCCCUUAUCAAAUUUAUAUCAGAUUGCCUUUCCUAAAAUGAUCUGUUCUACGUACCGUGGAGUGCUUUUCUCUUCAAAGAGUAGUCCUUUCAGGACCGGCAGUGAGACGAGCUCGAUGAGCGAUUUAUUUUAAUCAUAAACUUUUCAUCCACAUCCACACAAUGUGAUAACUGGCGCAAAAGCGUUAAAGAAAUAAAUAACGAAAACGGCAAGGGACGAGCGCAGUGAAGGAAAAUCAUAGUUUCAUUUUAUUAACGCUAAAACCGAUUAGCAACCGCUUUGAGGGGUUCGCUAGAGGGAUUUAAAAUUUUGCUCAGUUUUUUUUUCGCUACAAGUAGAAUACGGGAGUGUAAUACUUUAAUAGUCACUAGGACGUGAAACCGGGAUAGUAUAAGUGUCCAUUAAUUUAUUUGUCCCAUAACCCUUGGGUGACGGGUGACUCCGAAUCACGAUGUACAAUGUUUGCGGUGACUGUGAAACGGUUACUGCUUUUCAAAAUGUAUCGAAAUGGAGUCAGGAAUCGAUGUAAGAUCUUUCAGCUAGAUUUUAAGUGUGUACAGAUAGAUGUUUAGAUGUACAGAUGUACUGUAAAUACUAGGAUAAUAAAAUCAAAUCACUUUG